UUAGGCCAUGAGAAAAUUAAUUCAAGCUUCUAGCCUUGAUGGGGUUGUGAUGGGAAAUAUCCCCUGUAGGUGCUUUGCAUGGUGCGCUCCGCUUGAUCACGUGAGCCGGCUCCAAGAUGGCGGCAGGGGUGGCCGGGUGGGGGGUUGAGGCAGAGGAGUUCGAGGAUGCGCCUGAUGUGGAGCCGCUGGAGCCCACGCUUAGCAACAUCAUCGAGCAGCGCAGCCUUAAGUGGAUCUUCGUUGGGGGCAAGGGUGGCGUUGGCAAGACCACCUGCAGCCGGGCAAGAGAGCUGGGCCGGAGCCUUCCGGGUUGUACUCUUCGCAAAUUAUUUGGAGCAAAUGGAAGAUACCUCCUGAAAGCAAGGCCUGGCACCCUCUGCAGCCUAGCAGUCCAGCUAUCCAAGGGGCGGGAGAGUGUUCUGAUCAUCUCCACCGACCCAGCCCACAACAUCUCCGAUGCAUUUGACCAGAAGUUCUCCAAGGUGCCCACUAAGGUCAAAGGCUAUGACAACCUUUUCGCCAUGGAGAUCGACCCCAGCCUGGGCGUGGCGGAGCUGCCGGAUGAGUUCUUCGAGGAGGACAACAUGCUGAGCAUGGGCAAGAAGAUGAUGCAGGAAGCCAUGAGCGCCUUCCCAGGCAUUGACGAGGCCAUGAGCUACGCAGAGGUCAUGAGGCUGGUGAAGGGCAUGAACUUCUCGGUGGUGGUGUUCGACACGGCACCCACGGGCCACACGCUGAGGCUGCUCAACUUCCCCACCAUCGUGGAGCGGGGGCUAGGCCGCCUCAUGCAGAUCAAGAACCAGAUCAGCCCCUUCAUCUCACAGAUGUGCAACAUGCUGGGCCUUGGGGACAUGAACGCGGACCAGCUGGCCUCCAAGCUGGAGGAGACACUGCCUGUCAUCCGCUCCGUCAGUGAGCAGUUCAAGGAUCCUGAGCAAACAACCUUCAUCUGUGUGUGCAUCGCUGAAUUCCUGUCCCUGUAUGAAACGGAGCGGCUGAUCCAGGAGUUGGCCAAGUGCAAGAUCGACACGCACAACAUCAUUGUUAACCAACUCGUCUUCCCUGAUCCCGAGAAGCCCUGCAAGAUGUGUGAGGCGCGCCACAAGAUCCAGGCCAAGUACCUGGACCAGAUGGAGGACCUGUAUGAAGACUUCCACAUUGUGAAGCUGCCGCUGCUGCCUCACGAGGUUCGGGGGGCGGACAAGGUCAACACUUUCUCUGCUCUCCUCCUGGAGCCCUACAAGCCCCCCAGCGCCCAGUAGCACCACCACCAGCCUCAGCUGCUGCCAUUUCACACCCACCCACCACCCGCCAGGGCAGAGUUUGCACAAAGUUCCCCCAUAAUACAGGGGAAGCACUUGGGGGACAGGAGGCGGGGAGGGGGUCUUUUCCCCCUGGUGGGGCUGGGGGAGCUAUAGCUGCCCUCCACCUCUCCCCGCCUCUCCUCCCUCAAUAAAAUGAUCUUAAACUA